AUGGCUUCUUCGGUGGUGUGUUCGUGGUUAAUGGCGGCAUGCAUGUCAGUUGCUUGCGAGAAUGAGUCCCCCGCUUCCGUCUCUAUGUUGAGCUCCAACCCCUGUUUGUCUUCCCGAUUCUCCAAAUGGGCUGCUCGUAAAAGGAAGAGGGCUUUCCCUAUUUCCGCUAGAUACGCCCCGGAAUUCUCUAGAAUUCGUAAUCUCAUGAGCUCCUGUUUGGCUUUUGAGCCCUGCCAUAACUUCCGUAGGUCUACUUCUUCUUCUUCUUCGUUUUCGUCGUUGGCUCUUGCUUCCUCCCCAUUCUUCUCCGGUGACAAUGGAGCUCUUGCUCCGGCUCGGAGGAGCGAUAAGCAUAAAAAUCUUGCCCAAAAUGGUAAAGUAGUGGCAGUAGCUGUGCAACCUGUUAUGGAAGCCACUCCAAAGAAGAAGCCUCCCACCAAGCAAAGGAGAGUGGUUGUGACAGGGAUGGGUGUUGAAACUCCACUUGGUCAUGAUCCAGAAGAGUUUUACAGUAAUUUGCUUGAAGGUCGUAGCGGAAUAAGUGAGAUAGAGGCUUUUGAUUGCUCACAAUUCCCCACAAGAAUUGCUGGAGAGAUAAAGUCUUUCUCAACAGAUGGUUGGGUUGCUCCUAAGCUCUCUAAAAGAAUGGACAAGUUCAUGCUUUACAUGCUGACAGCUGGAAAGAAAGCAUUGGCUGAUGCUGGAAUUUCAGACGAUGUCAUGAAUGAAUUAGACAAAACAAGAUGUGGAGUGUUGAUAGGUUCAGCUAUGGGUGGAAUGAAGGUUUUCAAUGAUGCAAUUGAAGCUUUAAGGAUCUCAUACAAGAAGAUGAAUCCCUUUUGUGUGCCUUUUGCUACUACAAACAUGGGAUCUGCCAUGCUGGCCAUGGAUUUGGGAUGGAUGGGUCCAAACUAUUCAAUAUCUACUGCAUGUGCAACAAGUAACUUCUGCAUAUUGAAUGCAGCCAAUCACAUCAUUAGAGGAGAAGCUGAUAUGAUGCUUUGUGGUGGCUCUGAUGCUGCAAUCAUACCCAUUGGACUGGGUGGUUUCGUGGCUUGCAGAGCACUUUCUCAAAGAAACAGUGAUCCCAGUAAAGCUUCUCGCCCUUGGGACAGUAAUCGUGAUGGUUUUGUGAUGGGAGAAGGAUCUGGAGUUUUACUUCUUGAGGAACUUGAGCAUGCCAAGAAAAGGGGUGCAACAAUAUAUGCGGAAUUCCUGGGUGGAAGUUUCACUUCUGAUGCUUAUCACAUGACUGAGCCUCAUCCACAAGGAACCGGUGUCAUCCUGUGUAUAGAGAAGGCUUUAGCUCAGUCUGGUGUGUCUCGGGAAGAUGUGAACUACAUAAAUGCACAUGCUACAUCCACGCCAGCAGGAGAUCUUAAGGAAUAUCAGGCUCUUCUUCAUUGUUUUGGCCAGAACCAAGAGUUACGAGUGAACUCCACAAAAUCAAUGAUUGGCCAUUUGCUGGGAGCAGCUGGAGCUGUUGAAGCAGUUGCAACCGUGCAGGCUAUACGGACUGGGUGGGUUCAUCCAAAUAUCAACCUGGAAAGUCCAGAUGAUGGUGUGGAUGCUAACGUAUUGGUUGGCCCGAGAAAAGAACGAGUAGACAUCAAAGUAGCUUUGUCAAAUUCUUUUGGAUUUGGUGGACACAACUCAUCGAUAUUAUUUGCUCCAUACAAGUAG